CCCCAACAGUAGAGAGUGUGUUCCUGUGCAGGGUAUCAUGUUGACGUAGUUUAACAACGGACAUUUUACUAAUAACAACCAAGUAGCGAGGACAGACAUCCUAACCAUGUCAAAAUGGCCGGGAGUAUUCGUGGCCGCGGCCGUUUUAACGUUCUUGGGACUCUUCUUCCAAGCAGCAGGGCUAGCAUUGCCCUGGUGGUUUGUGAUCAAUGAUCGAGUGUAUAUCGGGGUGUGGUUUCUCGCAGCCUGCUUUGGCGGCAACAUCGGAUCUGGCAACUGUACGGCCAUCAGCUUAAAUUUGGCGGACCAGACUGCGGAGUCGGGCAGUGAAGUGGCUUCCCAGUGGUUCUACACCAUAUUCCAAGCCUGUAUGACGGCGGCGGUUGGACUUAUAUUUCUGUGUUCCGUGGGAUUCCUGUUCGGCUUUUGUGGUGCAUGCAAAAGCAAGUGUGCUUUCGUGUUUAGCUGUGUUGGUCUAUUUUUGUCAGCCCUCCUAAUGUUACCGGGUUUGGGACUGUUCGGAUUGGCCUACAUAUUCUUGGCCGACUACUUUUUGGAGACAUUGGCGGCCACCACUUUCCCCUAUGCCGCCUUAUCGUCUGGUCUAGGAUGUAUUAUCACAUUCGUGGCCGCAGUCACACUGGCUAUCGCACUGUGCACGUGGAAUACUCAUAUGAGUGAUGACCACGAUGAUGAAUAUCGGGGCACUCCAAUGACGCAGUCGGGGUACACACACGGGUACGACAACAAGGCGUACCCGCCACAGGGGAACGAACAGAGGCAGUACGUGCAGCAGCAACAUUCCCAUCCCAGCAAUAUGAACAGACCGGCGGCAGCAAAGCGCUACUGACGAGAUCACAAAUGAUAGUACAUUGGACAAUUUUUAUAAGUUACUUUUAUAAAAGACAAUUUUCUGGUUAAGUAAUUUUGUUCUUCACGAAUACACGGAUAUUGCUUGCAGGAUAUCCACCACAAUGCCCCGCACUUGUGUCGCUGAUAAAUAUACAUGUUUGGAUAUUUGAAAAAGAAUAUUGCAUCCAAAAUAAUCGAAUGUUGUUUACCCAAACACAUUUUCCAUAUGCCGAAAUAUAGCACUGUAUACCAAAGUGUCGAAUUGCUUACAUAGAUAUAAGUGCAUAUUCCAAAUAUAUGUAUCGAAUUUUCCGUAUGCAAAACACGGUAAAGGUACACUAUCCUAUUUUUGUCGUUUAAUAUCUAAAGUUGACGUACUUACUUCUUAUUGUGCAUCAAGCGCCCCGUGUAUUAUUUGUAAAGAAAGAUGAGUUGCACAGUCAGAUAUUUUCUGCUGCUGUAACCUAAACACCCCCCAAAAAGUGCCAAACCCUGAGACUUGCUGCAUUAUUUAUGUAUAUAUAACUAUGAAUAUCUGAAUAGUUCAGAAAAGUGUCAAUUUCACUUGUUUAAUUCAGACGGAUUUCUCGGAUUUCAAUGUUCCGGUAGUGCAGGUUAUAUGUAAGCGUGAAUGAUAUGGUCUAUUGAGGUAGGUGUUUGUGUAGGAUUUAUUGAGUAAGGUAGGGACGUAGUAACACUAGACGGUCCGACACUCGCCGCCUAGAGAACAAAGACAUGUACACUUAGCUUCGUGUUGUUUUGAUAAACAUGCUAUGAAGUAUCCCUUUUGUUAAUAUCAGAUGUCAUUCAAAUUUCCUUACUAACAGAAACCUUGUUCUGGCAGAUCUCAAAUUAACAAGAUUAUUUUGGUUGGGGAUAAACUGUCGAUAGGAGUAUGACCAAUUUCAGUUCAAAUUCGUAAUAUAUUUUAUGUAUUCAUAUGAUUUAACUUAUUAUCAGACCAAUAAACUUUAUAUCACUUUUU